AACAAUGGCCGACUCCUCACUGCGACUACGCUCCUUCGACCACUUCUUCGGGUCAAUGAAGAGGCGCGCGUUGCUUCGAUUUUUCAAACGAUGCGAGUGAAUCCCAAAUUUUUAUCUUCCUGUAAAGCCUCAGAUCGGAUCUGAUUUCUUCCUUGUUAUCGAACUUCAAUCCUGUUAGCGCUGGCGACGAUGGCCGUUGGGGAGACUUCCAUUGUGUAUCACGUCGCUGUGGUUCUGUUCUUCCUCUACAUCCUGGACCAACUCGACCUAUACCAUCCUUUCGCGUUCUUCAUCUCCUUCCUCUAUCUCUGCAUGGUGAAUGAACGAUGUUCAGUAAGAUUAUGGAGGAAGCUGCAGAACGAGGAAAGAAAACAAGCCAACAAACGAAGGCUUUUAGCAGAUUCAGAAUCAGUGACAUGGUUGAAUCAUACAGUUGAGAAGGUCUGGCCAUUAUGUCUGGAACAAAUUGCGUCACAACAGUUUCUUUUACCCAUCAUACCGUGGUUCUUAGACAAAUUCAAGCCCUGGACUGCGAAAAAAACAGUUGUUCAGCAUCUAUACUUGGGCAGGAGUCCACCCAUGUUUACGGAGGUACGGGUUCAUCGUGAAUCCGCUGAUGAUGAUCACUUGCUCCUAGAGCUAGGAUUAAAUUUUUUGGCCGCAGAGGAUAUGAGUGCAGUUAUUGCAGUUAAACUGAGGAAGAGGUUGGGUUUUGGUAUAUGGGCAAAGAUGCAUGUGAAAGGGAUGCGUGUUGAAGGAAAGGUCUUGGUUGGAGUGAAGUUUAUUCAACGUUGGCCCUUUAUAGGACGCGUCCGAGUAUGUUUUAUUGAGCCACCAUACAUUCAGAUAAUUGUCAAACCAAUUUUCCAUCAUGGCAUUGAUGUUACUGAUCUUCCAGGAAUUGCAAGCUGGCUGGAUAAAAUUAUUGACGUUGCAUUUGAGCGAACUUUGGUCGAGCCAAAUAUGCUGGUUAUUGAUGCAGAGAAAUUCGCGUCGGCAGAAGCAGGAAGUUGGUUCACUGUUGAUGUGAAGAGUCCUAUUGCUUUUGCCAGAGUGGAGAUUAUUGAAGCGGUUGAAAUGCAACUGUCAGAUAGUAACGAACUCCCUACUUAUCUUGCAGGCCCAGCAGACCCAUAUGUGAAAGGUCACCUCGGCCCCUACAGAUUCCAGACUAAGAUUCAGAAGAAAACCGUGUCGCCGAAAUGGCUCGAAGAAUUUAAAGUUCCUAUCACCUCUUGGGAAGCAUGCAAUAAGCUAACCGUUGAAGUUCAUGAAAAAGAUCACAUCUUUGAUAACCUGAUAGGAAGUUGUAGCAUAAAUAUAACUGAUCUUAGAAGUGGACAGAGGCAUGACAAGUGGCUAACACUUAAAACUGGAAAGUUGCGCUUGGCAAUCACCAUAACCGGGGUUGAGUUGGAUAAGAAUUCAGCCAACCAAAGUGACGACGAAAAUGAUGAUAUCGGUGACGACGACUCUUCCUCAGUUGUGUCCGAGACAACGAGCGCCGGGUCGAACCCAAUGGCUCAAGAUUCAUCCCAUGAGGUCGGCAAAAAGAUCCUUGUAGAUAACUUCGAGCCCAAAAACAUCGAAUAUUGGCUCCAUCAUCCCGGCUACGAUGCUCCCAUAUCAUGGGAGAGUGGAAGCCCCCCCAAAUCAUUGGAAUCAUCUCACAAUGAGGCCAAAAUCAUCGUCGAAACUCACGGAAAGAUCCAUGGCGACUUUCACAAACAUGGCAUAGUGAUUAAACCUAAGGGUCCCAAAAAUAAUGAGUUCUCCUCUGGAGAACUGGAGAGACCCAUGAAAGGUGGUCGUGUUAGGGAGAGAGCUGUAAAUAUAAUGAAGCAUGCGGGGAAGUCUGCGCAUAAGUUGAAGGAUGCGCUGAAGAGAAAGGUUCAUAGGAAGUUUAGGGAAGAAGAUGAAGCAGACAGCAACUGGUCUGAUGUUUCAUUCAGAUCUAAUUCAUCUAUGGAGCCUAAAAAUUAAAAAUUUAUUUACUGGUUGCUUGGUUUGAUUUCAUUUUGUAAAUUUUGGUAGGGUUUAGGGGCUGCAUUGUACAUUUCUAACAAUUUUUUGACACCUUU